CAACGUCUUUUUUUUUUGGAUUCACGUGCGCUGCGAAUGCGGCAUGUGGACUGUGGGCCGUCUUUCAGUCAUUCAGUGACGAUAACGUGCCUCUUUCAUGUCGUGUUGGUGAAAACGUUGAAUCUGGGGGCAGAGGGGUGUUUGCAGGCCGCCUCUGAAACAAGCAGGGGUCAUGUCUUGGGAAGAAUUCUCUCCUCCUGCAGCUGGUAAGAUGGAUGUUUACACGUUAAUGAAAGAAGACACUAGGAUCUUUUUAGUGUUGAUGGUGGUUAAAUAAGACGUCCGUCAUCAUGGAUGUGACAGAUCGCGCCUCAGGAGAUAAUUCUGCUCAAUUAUUUAUUUUUGAAGGGCUGAAGUUGUUUCCGAGAUUAUCGUUCUGUUAGCGCCCCCACCAGGUCAAAAUAAGACAGUUUGAGCAAAUUUCCUAAUUUGACCAAUCCUUCAGUCACCACGAGGAACCGCCUCUGAACACGCCUCAGUUUAAUACUAAUGCCUGUGUGACCUCCAUCAGUGAGAAGGUCCAGCUUCUCUGCCAUCUUCAACCCGCAGGAGGGAGGAGGAGAGCUCAGCUCCCGGCAGCAGCGGCGUCUCCCCCCCCCCCAUCCUCUCCCUCCUCCCCCACGAGCAGAGCAUCUCUCUGGGAGGCAGAUCCAUCUCCAUGCGUGCUAUCGGUCAACACACAGGUAGUGUGUAUCUUUUCGGUCACGCUGAAAUGUCGCAGCUUCCUGAGAGCCUCCUGGCUGGUUGGAGAAGCGUAACCGUGGCAACCCAUGCUGGUGUCACCCAAUCAAACGGUGGUCCAUAAGAAUCCUAAAAUCUAAACUAAUUUAGUGAAUUUUCAUACUCAAACUUGAUUUAAAGCGUUGUUGGUGUUAGGGUUAGGCGCUAUCAACGUCAUCAACGUUAUCAUUUAGCAUUUUGGGAAAACGAGGCUCAAGUCGGACAACCUGUGAGAUCUAUCUGUAGGCUACUUGUAGCUUCCACACUUUUAUGUCUUUUUAUUAAUAUCCAUAUGUUUGUGUGCAACAGGAUGGUAGCCUCCCACAUCUAAAUACUUAAUUCCAACCACAAAACAACCCGGCUGCACAGAGCCACCGUCGCCAAGCACGCACAUAUAGUUAGAAUAGAAGCGCUUCCCUGAACAAUGUAGUCUCUCCAGCUGGUUUCAGUUGUAAAUAUGUGGACAUUCUCGCCUUUCUAAUUAAUCAAGUUAAAUUGGAAUGCUUUCAACAAGAUAUAUGCUCCACAAAGAAAGCUUUAUUUCAAGUUUUAUCAGAGAAAGUGUUGUGUUCUUAGCCAUUGCGCCGUGGUUGUGUCCUUCAGUGGUGCAGGCCCCUCAGAUCCGUGUGCGUCUGUGUGUGUGUGUGUGUGUCAAUCGUCCACCUCCCGCCGACGACUUUGGAUGCGGUCGUCAUGGUGACACAUCAAAUGCUGCUGCUGCCCCCUCUCUCUCUCUCUCUGAUGUCGUGCAAUGACUCACGGCUGGCACGGAGCCCGGUCGCUGUCGUGAGUAAAGCGGGCGCAGUCGGCAGAGACAUGCAGCGCCACCGAGGACGGCGGUCCGUAGCCACGGCGAUGGCGAGUGGCGCGAGGAGGCGCGACCGCAGGCACUCCGCCCCGGACGUCCUGCUGAAGGCCCUGCGGCGCAGACGCAGCUCUGCCCUGGAGACGCUCUCCGCCUCCUUACACAGAGCGAUGGCGGCUGUCAGCGUGAAGCAGCUCGAACGCGGCGCCAGGAGAUCCAGUGGCCGGGUCCCUACAGCAAAGUACACCAAGAUGGGGGAGACCCUGAGGCACGUCAUCCCCGGUCACAUGCAGUGCUCCAUGGCGUGCGGGGGGAAAGCCUGCAAGUAUGAGAACCCGUCUCGAUGGAGCGAUGAGGAGCAGGCCGUCAAAGGGCUGUACUCGUCCUGGAUUACUGACAACUUGCUAGCUAUGGCGAGGCCUUCCACUGAAAUCAUAGAGAAAUUUCAUGUAAUUGAACAAUUUCAAAGGUGCGGGUUGAAGACGGUCAUUAACCUGCAGCGGCCCGGAGAACACGCCAGCUGUGGCAACCCGCUGGAGCACGAGAGCGGCUUCGCCUAUCGGCCCGAGACCUUCAUGGAGGCUGGAAUUUAUUACUACAACUUUGGGUGGAAGGAUUACGGUGUGGCCUCUCUGACUACGAUCCUCGACAUGGUGAAGGUCAUGUCGUUUGCCGUCCAGGAGGGUAAAAUGGCUGUCCACUGCCACGCCGGGCUCGGAAGAACAGGCGUGUUGUUGGCUUGUUACCUGGUUUUCACGUCGCGGAUGAGCGCCGACCAAGCCAUCCUGUUUGUGCGAGCCAAGAGGCCCAACUCCAUCCAGACCAGAGGCCAGCUGCUGUGCGUCCGGGAGUUUGCCCAGUUCCUGGUUCCCCUCCGGAGCGUCUUCUCCUGCGCCGAACCCGGGGCCGGCGCCGUCACCCUCUCCCAGUACCUCGCCCGCCAGCGCCACCUGCUGCACGGCUACGAGGCGCGCCAGAUGAAGAACGUGCCGAAGGUGGUCCACGUGGUGUGCGCGCUCCUCGCGGCCAUCGCGGCCGACAGACAGGUGGUGAUGGGGGAGGAGCGGCCGCAGAUCCCCGACCUGACGGCCGAGGUGGAGAAGACCGUGUCGCGGCAAGCCCUGCAGCAGCUCGGCAAGGAGAUGAGGGUGAAGGGGAUCCCCGUGCCUCCCUGUCUGUUCCCCCCCCUCGGCCCCCCCGCUAGGCAGCCCGGUGCCACUCGCGGUCGGCCCCUCGCCAGUGACAAUGAGCUGGACCUUCUGUGCCGGGAUGCAGGAAGCCCCCUGAUGUCCACCCUGUCCAACAACAGGAGCCUCAGCGAUUCCGUCCUCCACAAACUUGGGCCACUGCACAAUGACCAUUUUGGAAAUCUGACGAGCAGCCAACCGACCAACGGGGUGAUGAAACACUCCUGGUCUCACAGCAGCCUCACGGCGGGCCGGUUCUACCAGCUCGCCCCUCAGGACAUCGGCACUCGGGGCGGCGACACGGACGCAGAGCAAGACGCGGGGUCCCUGCCAUUAAGAGAGCCGCCCCGCCAGGGGCAUCAGAGUCUGCCCUUCGCCCUGUCCGAGCAGGGAAGAGCUCCUCCUGGCCAGGAGCAGCCGGGUACGGAGGCGCCAGCGGGCCGAGGAGAACUUCCCUCCAUCACCUCCCAGUCUGAGCUGUCCCAGGAGGGCAGGCGCCUGCUGGUGGCCAAAGCUCUGGCCAUGGAACACACAGACAAGGAAUUCACCUCCAAGGUGUCAAUGUGGCAGGCGGAGCUGAACUCCAGGGAGGGAGCGUGGGAGAGGCUACGCGUGGAGAGAGAUCCUCUCGUCCUCUCUGGUCUCAUGUGGUCCUGGCUGGAGCAGCUCAAGGAUCCAAUCAUCAGCAGCGAGGACGCCAAAGCCCUCAGCGAGAAGAGCGUCAACCCACAGAACGCCCUCGAUUCUCUGGAAAAGGGCCACAGGCUCACUCUGCUCUGCAUCCUCGACUGUGCUGCUCACCUGCUGCCAAUGCCCGAAGCGGUGGAGGCUCGUUUUCUCCACCACGCGAUAAAAGUGUUUACCAAGAUGGACCCUGCCUCAGAAAAGAGCGAGUCCUUGUACGCGGUACUCAAACAGACCCUGACCCCCCUCCUUCAUGAGCUGCGAGACAAAGCUAUGGAAGAGAACGAAGACUCCUGAGCCUCAGGGACGGUCCGACGGGAGGAGAGGAGACUUACACACAGCGUCCCGCCUUCCCUUUCGGGCAUUAUUGUAAUUGAAGCCAGUUCCUCUCGUCAGAUACCGCUGAGAUCUGCCAAUCUUUAGUCUUUGAAGGUUUCGCGCUUUCUUAUUUCCGUUGGAAGCUCUUAAUAGUGUCUAAGCACUGCCAUCCUCUGUUAAUGUGCCAGCGUGUUCCGUGUCUUUGUUUCCAGUGUAAUCUUUGCGUGGACUACAUGUCACUUUUAUCAUCUAACUCUCGAGUCGUUGACUGAGAAACUUUCUCUAUUUAAACGAGACUCUGAAUGUCAAAGAGGAUUCCUUAUUUAAACCAAAGUGAUGUUCUCACACUGUGCAGAUGCUACGACGUGUCUUAUUUACCCACAUUUAAAGAUGCAACCGUCGGUUCGAUAGCGGAGAGCCCCGCCGCUAAGUGUUUUCUUCACGCCAAAUGCAAACCGGGGCUGCUGUUGUGGCGAUGCAAACCUGAGCGGCACCACAGUGCAUAUUCCUGUCGAUGUCCUCAAGGCGCCGCGCACCAAAAAAAACUGUUAUGUUGUUCAUGCAUCGGUCAGACUUUGAUCUGCAUUCAGCACAGUGCUGCCUGCCUCAUCUCCACUGGCCUCCUGCCUGUGUCACGCUGCUGUGUGUAACCUCGCCUUGCCUGUGUGUGCGUGUGUGUGUGUGUCUGUGUGUGUGUAACAAGUCGGUGGACGCCUCAGAUUUCUCGGAUGUGGAUGCAAUGUAUUGUAGAUCUGCUGACAAGUUCUCAAUGCGGAACACUGAUGCUAAUAAUAAUACUAUACUAAUGGAAACGACACGAGAUGUUGUAUUGUGGGGAAUUUGUCCGACAAGCACUAUUUUUUCAGACUACUUCUUACAGAAUUAAACAACUUACUGGAA